GCACCAACCAAUUCCCAGCCGAUGAACAGAGCGAUGCAGAUGGCCAGGGCUCUAGGAUCGUAUGACCGUGAUUCAACAGCAGCUCUGAUGGUAAUGAGGAGAUUGGUCCGGAGCCAUGUCACCAUGGUUUCGUGCCGCCGUUGCUCAUUUGCCACCGGGACACUAGUGGUGGUGAGUGUAAGCAAGGUAUUGAAGAGAAAGCCGUCCAGGUAGAGGUGAGGCUUGAUCAUUCGCGAAUCCAGAGCGCGAGCCACUUUGGGCAUGCCCUGGGAGGUAAUGUGCACUCGGGCACGCUCGAGAUCUAAACACAAGCGUCAGAUACCGGGAGCGGUCUUGGAGGGAGUUGGCCAUACAUUGAUCGAUGAGGGACGGCACGUCUACCACCCAGUCCGAAGAAGGGUCGUAGGACGUGAAUGGAUUCACUCUCGACGUAGCCACUUGUUGCGGAAAGCGUGGUGUCGCUGCGGCGUCAUCUUCGUCUUCUGCGGAUGCAAAUCGAGGAUAAUGAUCCGGUAUGGAGUUUACCUGGGCGGACGUGACAUCCACGACUGGACCCGGGCUGUUCUGUGCCGAGGGGAAGGGCGGGUAGGGAACAGAGACGUCCAGCUCGGCGCUCUCGCCCACGAAAGCAGCGUGCUCUGGUCCGGGAGUGCCUCUCGACAAUCGCACCUUUUGAUGCUGCAGGUGCGUGACAUGGCUACGGAUGGUUUUGCGCAAAUUGCGUGUCUUGGCCUGGGACGGAUGGCUGAAGGUGAGGAAUUGCAGCGGCAACGGGUCUUCUUGAUCGCGAGGCUCGAUGCUGUGAUCUCGCGAGCCGGCUAGGGGAUCAGGUCAGACGAGUUACUCCCGAGUCUAUGCAGCAACACUCACCCCGGCUGUACAUGUGGUCAGGCCGCGCAGGACGCGAGCAUUCUACCAAUCAUCUCCAUCUUCAGGCCGUGAAAAGGUGUUGAUUAAACGAAGAUGGAAGUAUUGAUCGUUGAAGACUUAUUAGAAGGGGAAAAGGCCAAGCUCUUAUUUGUCAUGUAGAGGUGACUUGCGUCCAGCGCGACUGUUAGU